AUGUGCAGGUUUCACUUCCAGGACUUGUGUGUGAGAGGCGAGUCAUCCGAGGCUUUCGGGGUGAACCCAGUCUUCCUUCCGUCGUCCUCGCUGUACAACGCCAAUGCUGCUGCCAACAUGACCGCCUACACCAACGAAACAUUUGCCAAUCCCUUUGAGCUCAACGCCAAGGGGUUGCCAUAUGGCUUUCAGCAGCUGCCUGGCAGCAGCCGCUUCCCGCUGGUGUUUGAUGUGAAUCUGGACAACGGGGCAGCAACACGGCGGCUGCAGUACCUGGUGGACGGGUUCUUCGUGGACAACUACACGCGCAGCAUCGACGUUGUUCUUAUCACUCGCAACGCCAAUGAGCAACUGUUCACCGCCACCAAAGCCACCCUCUCCCUUCAGCCGGGCGGCAGCAUGGACGCUACUUUCCUAAUCCAGCCGGUCAACGUGGAAUACUACGACCUGAAUGUGACAAACAACGUGAUACGGCUCGUCCUGGAGCUGCUGUUUGUGGCCGGCGUGGUUUGGAACGUAGUGGAGGAGGUGAAGGAGAUGAUGUGGAUUUGGAAGGUGCAGCGAAGGUCCUUCUGGCAUUACUGGCGGCAGGGGUGGAACUGGGUGGACUGGCUUUCGAUCUCCGUCCAGAUUCUCUGCAUCUGCAUGUGGAUAUCAAUGGCAGUGCUAUCCGGGCAGAGCUUCAAUAUGCAGGCACGCUACAACAUCUACUACACUCUGGAUGAGUACCCGCGCUACUGGGCCCUCCCCAACCCGCCCUCGGGGUACCUGGCUGCAGUGGCUGCUGCUGACAAACUGGGCAGUAUUAUCAACACGAGCUCAGCUUACUUCGCUCUGCAGGGCAUGAAUGUGUUCAUCAUGGUGCUGCGAGUGCUCAAGCUGAUGGACUUCCAGCCGCACAUGGGCAUCAUCACUCGCUCCAUCCGCGUCGCCCUCCCCUCCAUCCUGCACUUCUUCCUACUCUCCCUGGCUGUCUUCCUAGCCUAUGCCACCUAUGCCUACCUCGUGUUCGGCAUGACCAUGGCACAGGUGAGUCGGACGUGUGUGUGCGGGGGGCGCAUGCGUGGCGCCUUGUGUGGCAGGCUGGUGAGGGCUCUCCCCUCCAUCCUGCACUUCUUCCUGCUCGCCCUAGCAGUCUUCCUCGCAUAUGCCACCUACGCCUACCUUGUGUUUGGCAUGACCAUGGCUCAGGUGCGUGCGUAUGUGUGUUGUGUGUAG